AUGAACGCGACGAAUCGCCUGAUCGAGAACUACACCAAGCGGAUCGCGGACGAGACGGAGAAGCUCGAGCAGCACACGCAGGCGAAGCGCGACGAGGUCGACCGCAAGCUAAAGGACGCACAGCAGGAGCUGCGCGACGCGGAGAAGGAGCUCGCGGACGUGCGUACAGAGAAACAGGCGAAGCACGCGGAGAUGCAGCGCCUGGCCGCGGACGGCGAGCAGGCGGAGAAGGCGCGCGAGGACGCGAAGAAGGCGAUCAUGGACGCGCAGGCGGCGACGGCGAACGCAAGGCAGCAGGAGGAUAAUGCGCUCGCGGUGUAUGGGAAUAAUAUGAAGCAGGUGCUGGAGAUGGUGCAGCGGACGCAGUGGAAGGGCCAGCCGCCUGUCGGCCCGCUGGGCACGUAUGUGAAGGUGAAGGACCCCAAGCGGUGGGGAGAGGUGCUGAGGAUGCAGCUCGGGGGACAUAUGUCUGCUUUCGCGGUUACGGAUGCGAGGGACCGGCCGGUGCUGAAGAGGAUCUUGAAUCAGACGGGGAAUGCUGGAACCACGAUCCUGAUCUCUGAGGUCGAUAUGUUCGACUUCAGCCAUGGAGAGCCGCCGUCCAACGUCCUGACCGUACUUCGUGCACUCGACAUCUCCGACCCAUAUGUGCUGCGUCUCCUCGUCAAUGCUCACAAUAUCGAGAGAACCGUGCUCGCCGAGGACCGCGCAGAGGGUGAUAGGAUCUUGAAAAGUCUCCGUAGCGGAGUUGCUUGGACGAGGGACACGUACCGGGUCCAGAGAUACGGGUAA